AUGACCCAGACCAAUGUUUACUCUUGGGCUUGGACUUUCCAGAAUAUGCGGGUUAAUAAAGUUAAAACUCGGAAAGGGAAGCGUGUGCUGGACGAUCGCGCUCCAAAAACCGUGGAAAAUGACAAGACCGCACUCAUUGUGAAAGGCUCAAAAACUAAUCAGACCGUAGUAGAUGCGAUGCUGGAUAUCUAUAUGCUGAAAAAGCCACUCAUUCGACAGUUGAAGCGCAACAUCCAUAUUAUAUUUUCGACUACGGAGACGCCGAUAGAGAAAUUUGUCGACAAAUACGACUCUUCUCUUUUCCUCUUUGGUUCAUCGACAAAAAAGCGUCCGAGCAGCUUAAUCUUUGGACGAACUCACGAUGGGCACAUCCUCGAUAUGGCUGAUCUUAGCAUUGUGAAAUUCAUCCCUGCUCGAAAUUUUGAAACUCCGAAGGUGCCACUGGGUACGAAGCCAUGUUUGUGCCUGGAGGGUACCGAGUUCGAAUCUGAUCCCACUAUGAAAAGGAUCGGGAAUUUACUUGUCGACUUCUUCAAAGGACCGACUGUUGAAAUGAUUCGUCUCGAAGGGUUGGAGUCUUUCAUAUCGUUCACAGCAAAAGACAACAUGAUAUACAUGAGGGUGUACAGAGUUUUAUUGCUGAAAAGUGCUACCAAUGUACCGAGGAUAGAGCUUCUUGAGAUGGGCCCAUCUAUAGAUUUUAAAGUAGAUCGCACAAAAAUUGCUAGCGACAGUCUGUACAAGGCGGCAUGCAGGAAACCGAAGGCACUUAUGUCUCGGCGUCGAAAGAACAUGUCCGAAGAUGUGUUCGGAAAUCAGCUUGCUCGAGUUCAUCUUGGAAAGCAGAACACGGAUGCUAUACAAACGAGGUAUAUAUCUUGUUUCUCGCAUAUCGUAAUUGGUUUCAAGUUAAAAGAAGUGGUCGCG